AUGGCCUCAAUCCUUGCUCCCUUUGUCGGCAGCUGUGACACCGUGGAGGGCGCGGACGUACUGCCCCGACUGCGGAAAGAAGCGGUUGACAAGGCCGAGGAAGCGGUGGGGCGGCGCUCUGUGGAACAGUUCGGAGGGGUUGGAGCCUGCGCAGCGGCAGAGAUUCCGACGCCAUUUCUCAACGACCUCCAACCGAGUGCGAGGGGAGAGAUAGCGGAUGAGGAGAUGGAGAUCGACGCCGCAGAUCCGGUUGCUGCAGCAUGUGGUUUGUCGCAUACUGGGGAGUUGCCCUGUGAUGCACCGUCCUGUUCUGCACAACAGCGCUACGAGUGUCGCGCCUGUCCCCUCAAGUUUCACUCUAAUAUAGGACUCCAGCGCCAUAUUCUAGCCGAACACACGAAGACUGUUGUCAACUGUGAGGAAUGUUCAAAGGUGUUCCGGUGAGAAAUGUGCCUGAGAUAUUUACUUCUUCAUAACGUUAUUGUUGAUGGUAGGUUAAGGACCGGUGACUUCGAUUUUAUUUUUACUAGAGACAAAAAAUAGGAGUAGGUGCAUCCUCUUUUUCGAAAUCUUCAUAAAGUUCAGUGGCUUCGUUCAUGGCCUUCAUCCAUGACUCGGAACUCCUCCAGGACUUGAAUGCAAAUCAGAAUUACUAUGUUAUUAUCUUUUUCUUCGUCUAUUUCUUCCCCCCUCCUCCUCCUCCUCCCUACUACUACUACUACUACUACUACUACUACUACUACUGCUGCUACUGCUACUGCUACUGCUACUGCUACUGCUACUGCUACUGCUACUACUUGCCGAAUGUGAGACUCAUUCGAGAAUGUUCUGCCUGUGUUAAUGUAUUUGGCGUUUACUGUAAACAUCGCAUCAAGAUUGCAGAGUGGAGUAGCGAGAAACCAGGGGGAGGUGUGCUAGAAGCAGGAUUUGUUAGACAUACGUACGGUCCUAUCUGCCACAGGAAAUGGAGUCGCGCUGCCUCUUAUGCGCCGUUCUUGCCAAUUCAUAGGCCAGCUCGAUACAAAAAACUGCUUAUUCUGCUACUUGGGACAGACGACCGGUUUAGAAGGGCCGUUGCACAAGCAUCAUAAAAACAUAUCUUUAACACAUUAUUCACAAGAAACCCAAAAUGGCCACAGUGAGAUAUAGGAGCCUCCGUCCUGAAGUCGCAAUCGUCCAUUUUAAUGAGCAUUCGGGAUCUUCUUGGGUGUUAUAAACCCUGGAAUGUUCACACUGACCCUUACGAAACUCGACAGCGAACCGACAGAUUGCUUCUGCUAGGAUCAUGAUGACACUUGGAGUUCGACUAAAGCUUCAGUGUUCCUCUCAGAAACGUUGCUUUCAUUUGAGGAACUGAACCUUUUGGACAAAUUUAAUGGGAUCUUGGCAAUCUCGGACAGGCGUUAGAAGUUUUGUUGAUCCGCCUAUCUUGGCAGUCCUGUGGCCAUCUGAGAUUAAUAUUAUCAUCCAUCCUAAACAUCAAGUCAGUCAAGCUGUUAUGGGUUAUGUUGGACAGAGGACUCUUAUUGCCAGACCUUACUGUGGAUGCGGUCCACAUCUCCCUCCUGGAUGGUUUCCUGCCCACCAUGUUUGGUAACGUUGGUCUACCUCUCUCUCUCUCUCUCUCUCUCGUUUCAACAAAUCUCGAAGGAUACGACGGGUGGCUGUAGCCUUGCUCUUCCUACCUUGGGCAAGGAUCGGUUACGCUCUAUUUGUGUAAACGUAGGCGCAAUGUAGGCAUUGAAAGAAAAGUAGUUAGUUGAAGAAGGAUGCUGAAAUCGUUAGUGGUAAAAUAACCGAAGUUAAAGCGGAAAAGUGCAGCCUGAUGUAUGGUGGCUUUGUCGCGAGAAUGAAGGAAGCCUUGCCUUGCUACAGGAGGCUGUGGAUGUGGAAAAAAGGCGGGAGGUAGACGCAGCGCAGGUCUACAUCGCUACAGGCUCAAGUCCUGACUGCCCCUCUUGUUUGUGGUCAGGUACGGACCUUUUCGUCUGCAUCGAUCGAUUUAUCGUACCGCACGGGAAUGUACGACAGGUGGAGCGCUGACCGUCCGAAGACGUGACAAAGUGCCUAGAAGUACGACAGGCGGAGGCCCCGCCGACAAUCAGACGUCCACAAAGGGAACUGUCAGUGGUCACCGUACAAACCUAAUCGAGCAUGAUGUCUGUGAGACAGGGAACCCCCUACCUUCUCUCUAGAUCGAUUAGGGGGCACGGGUCGGUUACGCUCUCCUGGUCCCAAGAGUAAGCGCGACAUGUGCAUUAAAAUUAAGGUAGUCUGAAGGGGGAUGCUGAAAUCGUUAGUGGUAAUUAGCCGAGGCUGAAAUGAAAAGGCAACCUGAUGUAUGAAAAAUCUGCCGCGAGAAUGAAGGAAGCCUAGAAUCCCCGAAAAGACCUGGCUGACAAGACACGCAGGGCAGAAAUACCCUAAACAUAAAGGCUACUCUAACCGUAACCUCAAAAGUAAAUCUAAAUUAUAAACCUAACGCUAGCCCUAAACACGAGAGUAAGCCUUGCUCUAGAACUAACACAAACCUUAAACCUAAGCCUAACCGUAACUCUAACCCAAACCCUAGCCUUAACCGGAACCUUGACACUAAAUCUAACCCCAACCCUAACACUGAACAAAAAAAUAAACCGUACUCCAAACCCUAACCGCAAACCCAACCUUAACUCUAACCAGAGCCCCUAAACUUAACAGAAGCCCUAACUCUAAAGUCACUUCUAAGCCUGACACUGACCCAAAACCCUACAACUAACCCAUACUCCGCCUACUUUCCCACUAACGAUUUCGGCAUCGUCCUUCAGCUUUCUUUACUCCCAAUGUCCACAUUGCGCUUACACUUGAGACCUCGACGGUAUACUACUUAUUGCUGAUUAUUAGUUUUUCUUAGAAAUUAACUGUGAACUUGGAGUAGAUCAGUAUAUUUAAGGUCUAUAGGCUCAGACAAAAAGUUUCAUAUAUGAAUAUUUGGGCCGAGGUCAAUCAGCCGCAGUGGGUAACCGCGUGAUAUUCAUUAACUGCCGACAGGCAGAUAGUAGUAUACUUUAGGGUAGACGGAUACCGUACUAACAGAACAGGUACUAGCCAAAGGCCCAUACACGCGUGUUUCGCCGAUUUUCUGCCGCUGUAUGACACAGCUACGAGGCGUUCGGCUCGUUAUUGGGUCCGCCAGCAUUUCCUUUCUAAGGAAGUUAAAAAAUCAACCAUUUCUUAAUUUAAAGCAAGCAAAGACAGCAGAAUUUAAUGGCACCAGAAAAUUUCGCGACGGCUUCUCAACUGCAGCCUGUCGUUGCAUAACACAAAUAACAAGCGAGAAUAGUACAGAGGUUUGAAUUUCGACAGAGAAAAUCAAUAUAAAACAGCAAGGUCAACGUAUACUGCGCGUAGACUAAUCAAUAAAGUGAUAACUUCAAAAUGCAACAGAGAAAUGAAAAUCGGGAAGUGGACAUGCUAUUGAAAGAACUUACAACUCAGCUGAACUUAUCUUCUGCAGUCUUACCAAGGCUAUCGAAGUUCCACGGGCGAAGGAUGCCUUGCCAUUGCACGCCACGUCAAAUUGUGUUUACGAAUUUACAUGCACUUGUGGAUGCAAGUACAUUGGGCGAACGCAAACGCAACUGGCAGCCAGAGCAGUUGAACACCUGCCUAAAUGGCUUCUAAAGUAGGAGAAUAAGACUCCACGGUCUUCUAUUACAAAACAUCUCCUUGAUAGUGGCCAUUCGGUUAACCCGAAAAAGUCUUUUCGAGUGUUAGUUCGAUCACGAACUACUCGUUUAUUGCGCUACCUGGAGGCAGCCUAUAUACGGCGGAAGAAACCCGACCUAUGUAAACAGAUAGACCACGUGGUGAACCUCAGCUUGCCCUGGUAGAUCUCAGCCAUUUUGAUUUACGAAAUCCCUCGGCGUGUUGACUUCCCCAUUUUCCUUUCUUUGUUGCGUUUUGAAGUUAGCAUUUUAUUGAUUAGUCUACGUGCAGUAUACGAUGAUCUUGUUGUUUUACAUUGAUUUUCUCUGUCGAAGUUCAAAACUCUCUAUUGUUCUCACUUGUUAUCCGUUUUAUGGAACGACAGGCUGCAGUUGAGAAGCCGUCGCGAAAUUUUCUGGUGCCAUUAAAUUCUGCUGUCCUUGCUUGCUUUAAAUUCAUUCCGAGAAAAUACUGCUUCAAGUCACAUUUCUAAAUUGCAGUAAUUGAAAGAAGGCAGACAUUCCUGUUCAGAUUGGCAAAGUUGAGAUAUCAGGGUUGAUGAUUUGAAGAAGAUGGGCUCUCCGGACCAGGUUUAUUUAAAUGCUGACGUUUCGAAGAGCUUAGUCACAUCCCAACUGUCAAAGCGUAAAAUGCACUUAAUCGACCAGAAAUCCCAAGUGGCAUGUCACGUUGUUCGGCCUCAAGCUAAUCGAUUUUCCUCUCCUCUCGCUGCCUCGGCCUCUCGGGAGAUGUUUGACGGGCGUUUUGCCUGAUCUACGAGUUUUCUCCAUUUUGAAGCAGACCCUACUCGUCCCCUAAGGGAUUACUGACAACCUCAAUAGUUUUUUUUGCCCCAAUAACCCCGUGUAUGUGGUGUGUUCGCAGAAAUUCAGUGGCUCUCGCCGACCACAAGAAGCGUGUUCACGGGCCGAGACAAUUCGCCUGCGGUCUGUGUGCUGCUGACUUCACCUCAGAGCUCUAUCUCCUGUCGCACAUCAAAGUUCACUCAGAGAAACAGUUUGCCUGUAAGGAGUGCGACAACCGGUUUACCAAUAAGACCGACCUUCGAAACCACAUGCGUAUCCACAAUGGGGAGAAGCCCUUCCAUUGUGAGGUGAGCAACUUUUUCCAUUCACGUAAUAGUGUGUACGUCAAAGUCUUCUCUAUCCAUUCCUUCCUGGACAGAGGACACUAACUAGCAAAUUUUGCUAGUAUUUUAAUCAGUCCAAAGAGAUUUACGACGAUAGGAGUGCUGAUAUGAUUCAUUGCGUCCCCCAGAAUAUAAAACAUCCAAAGGUCGGCUCACAAAAAUAUGCUUUUGGCUGCCUUGUUGAUGCAAAUCUACCCGGAUAUAUGUGCAUGUAAUAUCUUCAUAAUUAUUGUAAGUUUACAUAUUCGAGUCUGCUCUAUUUAAGAGCUGGUUUCUUCGCCAAUAGAGGCGAAAAGAGGAGUCCCAGAGAGUAGUUUUGAAGAAGGAGACACUAUCGCUGGGACAAGAGCUUUAUUAGCCUGACGUUUCGCAUUCCUGCUGGAACCCAUCAGCUAUAUGCUUUCGUCUCUGAUGAUGGGUUCGAGCAGGAAUCCGAAACAUCAGGCUAAUAAAGCUUCUGUCCCAGCGAUCAAUUCUCCUUCUUCAUGGCUGAUCUCUUCACUCACUACUUCUACUAUAAUAUGCUAAAUCUAGCUUAAUAGAUUUUUCAUAGGCGUUAUGACAGUUUUCAAAUAAUUCACUAGGUGGGGCCUCGUAGCUCAGGUGGCUAGCGCGUUGGCUUUGAUAAAGUCUCCUCUUGCUGUCGUGGGUUUAAAUCUCACCGAGGCACCGACAUUUUCACAAUUGAGUCAAAGUAAGGUAAUAGAUUUUACUCUAGACAAAUACUUGGGCUACUAUUUAAAUGUACUCUUUUAGCAAAGUCGGUUCAAUGAAUCCUCUAAGUAACUGAAUAAUUAUACUUCUGAACACUGCCAUGGGAAAUCGAAGUAGGUCUCUAUUCGAUCGGUAUGGAAUGAUCGUUUAAAGGUCAACUGUCCGGUUUAGUUCUGUCUGAGAUAACUCAAACAGAACAAAUGCGAACACGAAACUGACUAAGUUAUCGACAAUAAACAUAGAAUAAGAAUGAUGAAUAAAAUUCAAAGGGGCCACGAAAAGUGUACUUCAGGGAGACAACCUAAGAAACCGCUCUUUUGCUUAAGCACGUAAAGUUUGACUGAGACUGGUUUUUCGCGGAGGCGAUCUGGCCCCCUACUACCUUACUGUAAGCGAUCUUUUGGAUGCAGAAAUCUCGUCUACUCCUCUCCGUUGGUACCUUCUAGUCAAUGGGAACAUCAUCACACAGAAUAUACGCUGCCAGUGAGUAACUGUUGAGUGCCUUCUAAAUCCAGACAAAACCAAACCCGUCUUGCAUCAGAAAGGUUUCUUCGCAGCAUGGGAGAACUCUUAGUUCCUGGGCCCCAGGUUGUGAGCGAAAGGCUAACAAACCCGUGGUUAUUGGUAGGGGGUUGGGAAUCUGGGCAACAGGACGCCAGUCUGAGCCCCGGGGGGGGGGUUGCAGAAGGUGGGGUUGGGUAUGGCUGGCAAGUGACGGCUAAUACGCCAGAAGUGGCCGUUCCAGUCUCCCUUGCCUUUAUCGGUAGUUUUAUGCGUAUUUGCUAAACUUUCUUACCACUGCUUCCGGCUUUUGGUUGUCCUCAGCCAGUCGUUUUUAGGGUUUCGAAACUCCUUGCCGUAUACAUUUGGCAUGGGGGAGGGUGGCUCACCGACCUUUUUUACGGAACUCGCUCGUCCCGUUGUGCCUUACAGACUCUCUCUCGAGCCCAACCAGCAGCUGCACAGCGGCGCAUGAUAUAGACAGAAUGAUAUUACCGACAAAGAGAAGGGAGAUUGGAAUGGUCAUUUCUGGCUUAUUAGCCGUCUUCAGCCAUCCUACUUAUAUCAUACGAAGUAUAAUCUACCACAAAACUAAACCUGUCGUGUAUCAGAAACGCUUAUUCAGAGCACUGGAGGGACUCUUAACUCUUGCUAUCUGGCCAAAGUCUUAGCUUAUCUCAUCGGCCGUGCGAGGCAGAUUUCCUGUUAAUAACCGGCGCCUUUCAGUGAUUUUAUUGUGUCUACUCAAGCAACUGAUGCUAACCCUUUUGAGGAGGCUUGUAUGAGCGCGUGUACACGUCCUCACACAUCUUCCCUUAUCGUCGCUGUCGUUGCUCCAGGUCUGCGACAAGUCGUUUCGACACGUUAGCGGAUUCUACACCCACAUCCGCAUCCAUACCGGAGAGAAGCCCUACAAGUGCGACUUCUGCGGCAAGGUGUUUGGCAAUGCAAGCAACUACCAGACGCAUAGGAAGAUACACACGAAGGAAAUGCAAUUUCAGUAAGUACUCCCCACUUCCCCCUCCACCCAUCCUGAAAUGGCCAUUCCAGUUUCCCCCUUGUCUUUGCCGGUAAUAACAUUCUGCCCAUAUUAUGAGCCGCUGUGCGGCUCCUGAUUUGGCUCGACAGAGAGCUCGUAAGGCACAACGGUACGAGUGAGUCCCGUAGAAACGAUCGGUGAGCGCCCCUCUACCAUUUUACAUUCCCGACCGCAACCGGUACGACAACGAUCCCGUGGCUCAGUGGUUAGAGGCGUCGGACUUCUAACUCACAGGUCGCGAGUUCGAUCCCCAGCUAUUCCACAUUUCAGGGUUGGAUGUGACUGACUGAUGAUGGCUAAUAAGCCAGAAAUGGCCAUUCCAGUACCCCUUGUCUUUGUCUGUAAUACCAUACUGCCUAUAUCAUGCGCCGCUGUGUGGCUGCUGGUUGGGCUCGAGAGAGAGAGGAGCCCGUAAGGCACAACGGAACGAGUGAGUUCUGUACGAACGAUCGGUGUGCAUGGUUCAUCUCCAAGAGGUAAAUGAGUUUCAAAACGUUAAAGACCUCUUCUGUUCCUUUUUGAAAAUGGAGGCCAUUCAUGCGUUUAAGCUUUUUACACGUAAUGUAAAUGUAAACAUACGUUUCCUGUGUAAAUCGUUUGCGAUGUCCAAUUAAAAGUAAAAAUGAAGAAGCUGUCAGACAUUGAAACAGUCCCACGAGUUUUGGACAUAUGAGAAACUUUCGAGAUCAUGACUUGCCUUUCUACUGUGUAAAACCUUAGUAGCAAGUUCUGUGCGGCGAAUAUUGCAAAGAUUGGGCGUCAUUUAUGUUGGCAGUUUUUACACGCCCCCCCCCUCACGGUGUUUAUCUUUGAUGCCUUGAUGUUAGAUGCGAAACCUGCGGCAAGGAAUUUAUUCAACAGAGCAACUUUAGUCGUCACCUGCGAAUCCACACUCGAGAGCAACCCUACCUCUGCGAUAUCUGCCACCAUCGUUUCGCCUACUCCACGUCCUUAAAAAAACACCAACAGAAAGCUCACGGAGUGAAGCCUCUUGCCUGCCAACUUUGCGGAAAGACCUUCCUUAACGAGGCCAGUCUUUUACGGCACAGGACAGGUUGUGAACUGCGAGACUGUAUCAAGUUGGAUAACUCAGAGUCUUCCAUAAGCGUGCUUUGA